CUGGAUCCCCCACCCAGGCUGGGACAGUGACCUGCCAACUAUGGGGGUUAAAUCCACACUCCCCAGUUAUGAACUGGGCUUUUAUGCUCUCGUGGUGACGUGUGCUGUGGUGUACAGUGGCAGUGGGAUCUUCGAGGCAUCCAGAGACAGCAUGAACAGAAAAGCCUUCCGGGACGGCAUCAAGCCGGGCUGGCACUACUUUGGCAGGAAGAUGGACGUGGCUGACUUCGAGUGGGUGAUGUGGUUCACCUCGUUCAGGAACGUCAUCAUCUUCGCCCUCUCAGGACACGUCCUCUUUGGCAAGCUCUGCUCCAUGACAGUGCCACAGCACCGAGCCGUGGUGUACAUGCUGUAUGGGGUCCUGGCCGUGCUGGGCAGCAUGGGGCUUGUCUACCUGAUGAUCAUCCUCUCCCACUGCGUCGUCCUCUACUCCGUUGCUCUGGCCAAGCAGAAGUGGCUCUGCUAUGUGGCUGGGCUUUGCUGUCUUGCCUCCUUGAAGGUGGAGCCAUUCAGCUCCUGGCAGAGUGGGUUUGUCACAGGAGCUUUUGAUCUCCAAGACGUCCUCUUCUAUGGAGGCAGCAGCUUCACCAUCAUGCGCUGCAUGAGCUUCGCGCUCGAGAGCUCUGAGAAGAAAGAGGGCAUCUACUCCAUCUUUGACCUCCUCAAGUACAACUUCUACCUCCCUUUCUUCUUCUUCGGGCCUGUCAUGACGUUUGACCAGUUCCACGCCCAGGUGAGCACCCGAGAGCUGAGACGCAAAGAGGACGAGAUGAAGCGCAUCCGGGUCCAUGCCCUCCUCCACCUGGGGGCCAUCGUUGCUGUGGACAUCUUCUUCCACUUCUUCUACAUCCUCACCCUGCCUUCUGACCUGAAGUUCGUGAACCGCCUCUCGGACUGGUCCUUGGCUGGCUUGGCCUACUCCAAUUUGGUGUAUGACUGGGUGAAAGCUGCUGUCAUGUUUGGGGUCACCAACACCAUCGCCAGGCUGGACCACCUGGACCCACCCCAGCCCCCAAAAUGCAUCACCAUGCUCUACAUCUUUGCAGAAACGCAUUUUGACAGAGGGAUCAAUGACUGGCUGUGCAAGUAUGUGUAUGACCACAUUGGAGAGAACCACGACAAGAUCAUGAAGGAGCUGGUGGCCUCGGUUGCCACCUUUGCUGUCACCACCCUGUGGCUGGGGCCCUGUGAGGUCGUUUACAUCUGGUCUGUCUUCAACUGCUUUGGUCUCAACUUCGAGCUCUGGGUGCAGAAGUUCUUCCAGCAGCAGCCUUUUGCCAAACUGGAGGCCAAACUGUCAGGGGCCAUGUCUCGGAGGAUUAGGGCUGUUUUUGGGGCAGUAAAUUUCUGGGCCAUCGUUCUCUACAACAUCCUUGCCCUCAACAGCCUGGAGUUUGCACUGCUGGUCACCAAGAGGCUCCUUCUGACAGGUUUCCCUGUCAGCACCUUGUCCAUCUGGUUCAUCACCUACUGUGGAGUGCAGCUGAUCAAAGAGCGUGAGCGCGUCCUGGCCAUCCAGGAGGAGGAGUGUGACAAAGCAAAGGUGGAGUAGGAGGAGGCACCCCUGAGCCUUGUCCUCAAGCCUCACCUCCUCAACAGCCACUGCUGCCAGGCUGGCAACUGGCAGGGGCUCUCCAAGCACUCCUGGCCAUCAGACUGCUGUAGCUCACCCACCUAGAAGUCACCUGGAAGGCACAGGUCACCCCUUGCUGCAGGCAAGGUUUCCUGUAAGACACAGUGGGC